AUGGAUUUGAUUUUUCUUUAUAUUAUCACAUUUUUUGAGUUAUAUAUAUUCAAUACACUUACAAGUUGUAUAAUUUGGACUAAAGCGAACAAGAAUCCAUAUAAAAAUAAAAUAUUAUUUAUUAGGAAUUAUAAAGAAAGAUAUAAAAUAUUUAACAAAUAUGGUAAUUUGAAAAAGUAUGAUAUUCACCAAAAGGUAUGGAAAGUAAACUCCAAAUUAGUAAGCUCUUUUGAAUCACCAAUUGUUGGAAUAAACUUGGGGAAUACAUUGAAAAAUAAAAACAAAAAUCGAUAUUUAUUUUUUUCACAAAAUAGUAUUUUAAAUCCUAAUAUUCAAAAAAGUGCAUUAAAAAUUUCGUUAAAACUGCAAAAAGAAUUAUUUCUAGGCAGAAAUAAAAACUUAGUAAAUACUUUACUGUGCCUUCAUUAUGUUCCUACUAUUUCAAAUUCAUAUUUAAAAAAAAGUUUGAACAGCUUUCGACUUUCAGAUUUAAAUGUAAAGGAAAAUAUUUUAUAUCAUUUAACAUUGAAAUAUUUAUAUACCUAUGAACAAAAUACAAAAGAUAAAAAUCUUUUGGAAUCAAUUAAUAAAAAUAAUUAUAAAUUUAUUUUACAACAUUCUAAGACAUUGAAGAAGAUAACAAAGCAUAUUCAAAUUUCUGAAGAAAAAAAUCGUUUCAAACUUUCUAAAAAAUUUGAUAAAUUGAAAAAUAAUGUAAUUACGACACAAAGCAGCAAUUCAUGGGUUGAAAACAAAGUUGUGGAUGUGUAUUUAAAAAAUCGAAAAAAAUUAAAUAUAAUUUUUAUUAACACAAAAAAAAAAAAAAAUAUAUUUCAAACAUACAAAAAAAUAAUAGGUAAUAUUAAAUACUAUGAUGUGUAUGACAAAUUAAUAAUUUUAAAUUAUUUACACAAAAAUAAAAAAUAUAGAGAAUGUCUUUUAUUUUUUAAAAAAUAUAUAUAUAAUAGUGUAUUUGGACAUAAUACCCAACAAAAAUCAAAAUAUUUUAUUAUAAAUUUUAUUAACAUAUUAAAUGACAAUAAUAUAUUAAAUAUAUAUUUGAUGAGGAUACAUAAUUCAUACAACUUUCUUUUAAAAUCUAUUUUGUUGUCUAAAAUUCAAGAUAAACAUAAAUUAAAUUUUUUGCAAAUUAACGUCGAUAAUUUUAUUCAGGAAAAUUUGAAAGAUAGUCUUUAUUUGGGAAUUAAGCAAAACAUAGACAAAAUGCAAAAUGAUAAUUCCAAUAAUCUUAAUUUUUCUAACCAUAAUAACACAAAUUUAAUUUAUUUAUUUUAUAUAAAUCUUUUAAAUAUAUUUUUGAAAAAAAAAAAUUAUUAUUUCCCUGAUAUUUUUUUAAAACAAUUUUAUUCCUACUAUAUGGAUAAUAUUUAUGACCAUAAAAUAGUUAAUGAUGAAUUUUUUUUUUUUUUAAUAACUUUAGCAUUUUCUUUAAAAAUAUUUUAUUUAAAAAAAAAGGGAAAUAUAACAACAUAUACUAAUGAUAUAUUUGAGGAAUAUAAAGAAAAUGAUUUUAUUGGUAAUUCAGAAAAUAAACAAAAUAAAAAGUUUGAAACUUUGAAAAUAUUUUCUCAUAUAUUAUCAUACAAUUUUAAUCAUGUAAACAUAUUUGAUGAAGAUUUGUUUAGUUCCGAAACAAUUAAUUUAACUGCACCAUUUGAAAUUGUUAAUAAAAUUAUAAACUUAAAUAAAUUAGAUGAAGAAAUUGAUAUAUAUAAACAUUUCUGUGUUUUGAUUUUGUGGCAAUAUCUAUAUUUAUUACGAUAUAACUUGAAAAAUAUAGAUUUUGAAAAUGUGCAUUUUAAUAUUGAUAAAGAACAAAAUCAAGAUAACUUAUCAGUUUUGAAAGAAAAAAAAAAGGAUAAUAUUUUUUCAGAAAUAAUUAAAGGAUAUAAAAAAAUUUUAAAUAAAAAAAUUUCUACACACCCUAACGAAGAAAUUUUGAUAUACAAUCAAACAUUCGAAGAAUUGAACUUUUUUAUAGAAAAUUAUUUAACUGAUAUAAUUGAUAAAAAUAUAAAAAAGAAAAAAGAAAAAAAAUAUAUCUUACCCGAUAUUUUGUCAAAUUUAAUGCAUAUAUUAUCUAUGCGAAAAAUAAACAUAUCAUUUUUUUUUUCAGUCUUAUAUUUUCUUGACUUAAAUAACAAUAAAAGAUUACUAAAAAAUCUUUUAAAAAAAAAACAUAUUUUUAAAAAUAUAAAUUCAAAUAUAAAAAAAUUAAUAAUAAAACGAUUUCGCAGAGGAAUACAAACAAACAAACAAAAUGAACAAGCCCCAUUCCUUUAUGAAUAUAUAUUAUCAGAAUAUAAAGAAAUAUAUGAGACAUAUAAAAACAUUACUAAUUAUAGUAGCAAAAAAGAUAUGAAAAAAUUAAUAAAAAAAAUAACUGGAAAUAAUGAAAGGAAACACCAUUUUAAAAUAUUCAAAAAACCUAUAUUAGCUUUAAACUUGAAACAAUUAUUUUUUAUUUUUUAUUCUUUGAGUCAUUUUAAAAUGGAUAAAGAGAUUAUUUCUUUAUUUCGCCAUGCAAUAAAAAUAAAAUACUUUAAAAAAAAAAAUUUUAUAAAUAUUUUUAAAGACAAAAACGAAGAAAAAGAAGAUCACACAAAUAAUAAUAGUAAUAUAGAGGAAGAUAUAAAUUUGUACAAAAAAAUUUUUUUUAUAUAUCAUAAUUCUAUCUUAAGUUUAGACAACUCAUUUUAUACUCCGAAAUCAAAUAAAUGGGGCCCAAACUAUUCAAAAUAUUUUUUUUUUUAUUCUAAUAAUCCGUUACACAUUUAUAAAUACAUAGCUAACAAAUAUGAAGAAGAUUUAAAAAAAAAACAAGCAUAUAACCCAGUUAAACAAGAUAAAAAUUGUAGAAAAUAUGAUAAUAAAAUUGAAGAUGAGUUGGAAAAAAUAGAAAAUAUACAAUUUUUUGGAAUAAAAAAUAUUGAGAGAAUAAAAAAAAGCAAAUUUUUUAAGAAAUUCUUUAUUGAUAAAAUAUAUAAUUUUAUAAAUAAAAAUGAUUAUACAUUAAUUUUAAAUGGGCUUAUGAAAUAUUUACUUAAAAAUGUAACAACACUAAGAGCUAGCCAAAUAGAAGAAAAAUGGGGAGCUAGCGAAAAAAAAAAAAAAAAAAAAUUAUGGACAAAAUAUAUAUAUUUGUAUUUUUACCUGACUGCGCAAUGCUAUUUAAAAACACACAAAAUGUCAAAUAUCAUUUUUUUGAUUUUAUUAAAAACUAGUUUACUAAUGAAUGAUAUAGAUAAUUAUAAUAAUCUUCUUUUAUUAAAUAAGGAAUUAACACAUAAAAAUUAUAUGUGUAUUAAUUCUAUGAUAAAUAGUAAUUCAAAUAUGUUAUCAUUAAAUUCAAAGCAAAAUUAUAUUCCAAUUUUAAAAAUACCAAUUGAUAUGUAUAUUAUUCAUAAUGAAAAACUUAUUAUAUAUAAUUUAAACUAUUUUCAAGUUACAAAAAUAAUUGAUAAUUUUAUUAAUGGGGAAAUACAAAUUAUAUUUUUUAUUGAUUAUAGACAAACCUUUAUUAAUUUAAUAAAUUUAGACAUUUUUUUCAAUCUAUCUUUUUUCAAAAAUAAUAAAUUUAUCCACUUUCUCAAUCAUCAUAAUUUAAUAUUAAAUGAAAAUAAUUUUUUAAAAAAAUCAAAAUUUGUCUUAUUUUUUGGAAAUUGUAUUAACAAAAAAAGAAAAAUUAUCAAAUAUUUUUCAAAGCAUUAUAAAAACUAUAAUAUUCAAGAAAAUAAAAGUAUAAAAGAUGCUCUUAUCAUAUCUGUCUACGAUUAA